AGCUGACCGCGCCGCCGCGGGAGCCGCGCCUGCCCGGGCCCGGAGCGGGCGGGAGGGAGGAGGCGGCGGCCGCCGGGAGGGCGCUGCGCCCCGCGCCGCGAUGAAGCGCCCGUGCGAGGAGACGACCUCCGAGAGCGACAUGGACGAGACCAUCGACGUGGGGAGCGAGAACAACUACUCGGGGCAAAGUACUAGCUCUGUGAUUAGAUCAAAUUCCCCAACAACAACAUCUCAGAUUAUGGCAAGAAAGAAAAGGAGAGGGAUAAUAGAGAAAAGGCGGCGAGAUCGGAUAAAUAACAGUUUAUCUGAGUUGAGACGACUGGUGCCAACUGCUUUUGAAAAACAAGGAUCUGCAAAGUUAGAGAAAGCUGAAAUACUGCAAAUGACGGUAGAUCAUUUGAAGAUGCUUCAGGCAACUGGGGGUAAAGGCUACUUCGACGCGCACGCCCUGGCGCUGGACUUCAUGAGCAUCGGCUUCCGGGAGUGCCUGGGCGAGGUGGCGCGCUACCUGAGCUCCGUGGAGGGCCUGGACUCCUCCGACCCGCUGCGGGCGCGCCUCGUGUCGCACCUGAGCACCUGCGCCUCGCAGCGGGAGGCGGCGGCCGUGACGUCGUCGCUGGCGCCCCGCCCCCCGCCGCCGCCGCAGCCCUGGGCCGCCGCGCUGCCGCCGCUGCCCGCGCUGCUGCCGCCCGGCCUGCCGGCGCCCGACGGGCCCGCGCCGCUGCUCGCCGCCUUCGCGCACGCCGACUCGGCGCUGCGGCUGCCCGCGGGGGCGGGGGGGGCCGCGGCCGCCUGCGCGCCGCUGCUGUCGCUGUCGGCCACCGUGCACGCGGCCGCCGCCGCCGCCACCGCCGCGGCGCACAGCCUGCCCCUGUCCUUCGCGGGCGCCUUCCCGGGGCUGCCCCCGAGCGCCGCGGCGGCCGUGGCGGCCGCCACCAUCAGCCCGCCCUUGGCCGUGGCGGCGGCGGCGGGCCCGCAGCCCGCGGGCGGGGGGGCGGGCGGCAAACCCUACCGGCCCUGGGGGACCGAGGUGGGAGCCUUCUAGGCGGCCGUGGGAGGCGCAGACCCCCCCCCCCGGGAGGUGGGCUGCUACCUGUUUGUCCCUUUGUUUGCUUCUCUCUCUCUCUCGUCUCGUUCAAGGCAGCUUGGGUCACUGACCUCAGCCACUUUCUGAGAACCCCGCACUGGUCGCCUGUGUAGACGUUUUCCUGGAAAAUGCAUGCACUGUACCAUCCAGCAGGGCGUCAGAAGGUGUGAAUUGGGGAAGAAAAACAACAACACACACACACACACAAAGAAGGCAGCUUGGGUCACUGACCUCAGCCACUUUCUGAGAACCCCGCACUGGUCGCCUAUGUAGACGUUUUCCUGGAAAAUGCAUGGACUGUACCAUCCAGCAGUGCGUCAGAAGGUGUGAAUUGGGGAAGAAAAACAACACACACACACAAAAAGAAUGCAGCUUGGGUCACUGACCUCAGCCACUUUGUGAGAACUCAGCACUGGUCGCCUAUGUAGAUGUUUUCCUGGAAAAUGCAUGGACUGUACCAUCCAGCAGUGCGUCAGAAGGUGUGAAUUAGGGAAAAAAAAACAAAACACACACAAAAGCCAAAAAAAAAGGCAGCAGCCUGGGUCACUGACCUCAGCCACUUUCUGAGAAGUCCACAUUGGUCUCCUAUGUAGACGUUUUCCUGGAAAAUGUAUGCACUGUACCAUCCAGCAGGGCGUCAGAAGGUGUGAAUUGGGGAAAAAAACAACACACAAAAACACAAAAAAAAGAAGGCAGCCUGGGUCACUGACCUCAGCAACUUUCUGAGAACUCGGCACUGGUCUUCUAUGUUGACGUUUCCUGGAAAAAUACGUGGACUGUACCAUCCAGCAGUGCGUCAGAAGGUGUGAAUUGGGGAAGAAAAACAAACGCAAGCAACAACACCACCAAAAAAAAAAAAAAAAAAAAAAAGCCCUGACUGGAUUCUCUCGACACUAGAUGGAAAAGCAUAUGCGUGUCUCAUAAGUGCCUGAGCUAGUAAAAGUCUUCUUCUGAAUUAGCUGACGUUGCACAAGUAAAGAAGAGCGUAGAGGUGAGGGUAAGAAAGGAAAGCUACCGAAGGCUUGCAUUAGGCUGCAGACGUUUUAAUAAAGUGCCAGAAAAGAGUACUCUGUUGAAACCAACAGGUUUUUAUUGGCCAAAAGGAUUGCUGAAAAUAAUUUUCAAGUUGAAAAAAAACUAGUUUUACCCUUAGUUGGCUUUUUUUGUACAGACUUGCCUGCCAAGUGGCGACAUUUUGCAAUGCAUUGGUAUAAGCAAUUAUUCCAUCAUUGCUCGGAUUAAGCACCAUUGCUGCCCUGCCUGCAAGCGUCCCCACCCCCACCCACCCCCCGCCCCGGGGGCACUAUUUUUUAUGGCUCAAAAUAUGGUGCCUCUUUAUGUAAACCAUACGUGUAGAGAGUGCACCUGAGAGCGUUGCCUACCGUGUGCCCACCUGAAGCUAUUUGAUUCAGGCCAACUUGAAAAUUCUCCAGUUUGUAAAAGUUUAAUUUAUUGUUUCAUUUGGACUAUUUUUACAUAUUUAUCCUCUUCAUUUUGUCCUGAUAAUGUGUAAUAUCUAUUCUUGUCACCCUUUGGGAAAGGUUGCAUUUCUGGAGGUGAUAAGACAGGGAGAGAGCAUUGGGAAGAGAAAAGCCACGAUUUUUAAAUGCUCUUUGUCAAGCUCAUGAUUGCAUUUGAUCCCAAAUCAAGGUGAAUGUAUACAAUGGGAUGUACAUAAAUUAUUUUUGUUCAUGCCUAGACUAGUGCUACAUAGUGGUGUUUUUCUUUUUUAUUUUGUUUAAUGACAAAAUAAUCUCUUAAUGCAUUGAAAUUGAGCACGUGAGAUUUUAUGUUUGAAAGAUAAAGACACAGCAUGUAUAAUUAUGCACUUCAUUUCUCUGCUGUGUGGAGAAAGCAAUAAACAUUAUGAGAAUGUUAAACAUUAUGCAAAAUUAUACUUUUUUAAAUAUUUGUUUUAAAAUUAUUGUACCUAGUCUUUUUUGCAUUACUUUGUAACCUUUUUUCUAUGCAAAAGUCUACAUAUCACUAAUUAAAUGAAGUCCUUUUUGACUAUUUUUAUGUGGAUGAGUUGCUUUGCAGAAUGGAAAGUUGACAUGGAUUUCAAGCAAGGCCUUCCUUCACUAACAACUUAAGCCGUGGCUUUUCUUUUUCUCUUUCAGAGUCAUUUAAUAUAAUUCACAGCUUGCCUGAAAAUAACAUUUAUCUGAGCUUGUAAAUCAAUUAAGCAUAGGCGGGUAUGACGUUAUUUGGAGACAGGAAGUGAUCAGUUUCCUCUGCCUUUUAUUCUCAACCAUGUUCUUGGAAGAAAAGUGCAAAUACAAGAACUCCAAAUAAUAGUAAACUGAACCUAGGAUAAUAAGCUAGAAUGUGUCAUACAUUUUAUAACUCAAAAAUGUUUGUAGAGGGUUUUUAAAACAUCACAUGCAUACGUGAUUAAGCAUAUACAUGCUUCCUGAUGGUAAAUCCUCUGUACCUACCUCAAUGAAACUUUUUUUUGAUGCUGUAGAAAUUAUGCACAUAUCUCUCCUUCUUUGAUGAAGCCUAGAAGAGAUUAUUUCAGUUCCUGAAGCUAUUGGGCCAAACAUGAAAAAAGAAUUAAAAAAAAAAAGGAAUGUUUUUAUUCAUAUCAAUUAUGCUCACAGUUAAAGGAAAAAGUACAAGGUGUCUUACAUUAUUGUAGUUUUGAAAAAUUAAGUAUAUAGUUUUUCUAAUUUUUGUCUGUAAGUGGAUUAAAAAAAAAUGAGCAAAACCAGAUCGCUUUGUUUCUCCUGUCUGUAAGUUCUGUGGUUAUUGUAUCUUCAAUUAACUCUGAUGGAAUUAGGUAGUAAAUAAGAAAAUGGAUUCAGUAAUAUUUGAAGUUUGCUUUUUAAUCAUGAUUUGUGGACAAUGGGCAUGGAAAUAAUUCUUAUUUUAAGAUCUAAUAGCUGAUUCUGUGCCUCUUGUAAUGUCAGCAUUCAAAGCAUUUCCUUUCCUUUUUUGGAAUGUAAACCAUUUUAGAGAUCAGGAAUUUUUAUUUUUAAUUUUGAUUAAAUAUUUUAAGAUAAAUCCUCUUCCUCCUUUCCUCCCUUUCUUGUCCUCUUUUUUUUCUUCUAUGUGUUUCCUUCCCAGGUACAUAUGGCUUGUUAUUUUUCCAAUUAAAUGAUUAAAAUAUUUGCAAAACAACUUGCCACGUAGUUGCUAAGGGUUGUCGUAGUUCUGAAAGAUAAUCGUUGUCUGUAAUUUUGGUCAUGGGAAGUUAAUUGGUUCUUGAUAAAUGUUUCAUAUCAUCAGCUACUAACAUCACAUUUCACUGUGUCAAAAAACAAAAUUCAACUAAGUAAAUUAAAAGAUCAAAUUGGCUUUAGUCAACAGCUCAUGAAUUGGGCAGUUGGGCAGCAUCCCAUCUAGCAAAUAGAAAGGAGCUUGAAGAAGCUGUACAAAAUGAAAGGCUUUUAUAGGCAGAAGGGAGCUGAAAAAGGAAGUCUGUAACAAAGAGUAUUGUUUCCGGCAAGGUCACCUUCUUUUGGGGGAAGGGGCGGGGAUCUGUCAUGCAGAUGACCUCACUGGUAGUGAUCGGUUAUUUCCAGAUUGGUUAAAGGUCAGAUAUUAAGUCUUGUUUUGCUGAUGAGGGGCUUGCACAGGGGACUCCAUUUUUGGCCUGUUGUUUCUUUUUAACAACUGUUUCCCAUCUUGAAUUCAAUGUUUUGUGAAAGUGGUGUUCCACCUUUAGAGGUGGUAAUUUUCAUGUUUGCUCCCAAAAUAGAAAAAAAUUAGUUUCUAUGGUCCAAGGGGAAAAGGACUUCUACUAAGUUUAAUGUAUUGGUGGCUUUUAUUUAUGCAAAAAUUAGUUCCAAAAUUAACUCAAGGGAUUUUUGGUAGGAUUAAAGGAAAAAGGUGACAUUUUUUUGAAAUUUGGUUUUCCCCAAAAGUUAAAGGCUAUAUGCAUACCUAAAGGUUAAAAACAAAAAAACCAAAACAAAACAAAAAAAACAAUUUAGUUGAUACGAACAAAUUUUAUGUAAUAUCUUAUAAAGCAGUCUCCUUUUAGAGAACUGCAAAAUGGGGCAGAAGGCUGGGAGAUUUUCUAGAAUAAAGAACAAGGAAGAGAAAAAUGGAAAAAAAUCUGAUUGGCAGGUUAUACAAUCAACCUCGUUUAGGAUGAGAAGGCUCAGAGUUGGCUUGGCAUUGGGGGAUUGGCUAACUGGAUAUACUGCAUUUGUGGUCAAGUGGAACAUUCACAGGGACUCAAAAUUUACCUGAAGUUCCAUUUACUGAUGCACCACCUGGGCAGGAGUGGCUCCAUCUUGGGCCUCGAAAUGUAUUUCUUUUUUUUUUUUUUAAGGUGUUAUUUAUUUAUUCAUGAGAGAUGCAGAGCAGGAGAGAAGCAGGCUCCAUGCAGGGAGCCCGACAUGGGACUCGAUUCUGGGUCUCCCAAGAUCACACCCCAGGCUAAAGGCGGCACUAAACCACUAAGCCACCAGGGCUGCCCCUCGAAAUGUAUUUCAACACCAACUAAAACAUAGUUCUGUAUUUCACAUCAGUGAGCCAAAAGGUAUUUAUUGAAUGACUACUGUGUGCAGCAAUGUGUGUACAAGUUGUUCCGAAUGGCAGGUAGUAGCACGUGCAAAUGUGCUUCUGUAGCCUGACAAUGACAGAUACAGCUGUCACUCUAGCUAUUCACAAGGAUCCUCAAAAGAAGGAGGUGCCAUGAGAGUGAGACAAGGGGUUUCUGACAACUAGCUGGAGAGGCCUGUUGUUCUUUUUGGGAUCUUUUGCUAUUACAAAUAUGAUAAUCCUAUCAUUUGAA